CGCGGACCGAGUACAUAGACUGGAGGACGGGAGGAGUUCGGCUCCUUGGCGGCGGAGUUUUGAUGCUGGCGAACCGGGAAGCAGGAAGCUCAGCCGGCGGCGCGGAGGAGGCGCCGCCCGGCUUGUCCGCCCGGGAGGAGGCACCCCUCAGACGGCCUACUGGGGGUCUCCUGUCCCGCCUGGUGGACUGGAAGCUGCGAGCGAGCAGGACUUUUGCCUUGUUCGCUGCAGCCAACGCGACGAUCUGGUUGUUGGCCUGCAGUUGGUUGCAAGUGUACUGCUUGCUCGCGCUCCUGCUGGCUCUGAUGGUCGUCAUGGCAACCGUCAGGGAUGCAUUUGGCUCCAGAAGCAAAGGAGAUCGCGUGUGGUGCAAAAUGUUGGCAAGCUGUGAGAUAAUGGACCCGGACUCAGCCCAGGACUCAGGCUCAGAACUCCACCUGAGCAGCUCUCUGCACCUGUUCCUGCAGGAGACGUCAGCCUUCAAGCAGCAGAACCCCGGCAAGUUCUGCUUGCUGGUGUGUAGCUUCUGCACUUUCUUUGCUGUCGUGGGACGGUACAUUCCAGGGAUUAUCAUCUCCUACUUUCUUGUGUUGUCGGUCUUCCUAUGGCCUGUGCUUUCGUCUCCGGAGGCAUCCUUGUGGCUGAAGCCGGUUUUGCAGAAACUGGACUUUGGCGUGGCGGCGUUGCUGCGGAAGAUAAAAGAGGAUCACGAAAAAAGAAUCCUGAAGGCUCAGAUUGAGGAGUCCGUGGAGUCUGAUCUCUCCUCCAUGUUUCCCAAGUUGGACUCGGCGGCGUGCAAGGAGUUGUCGGUAUCGGACACGUCGGUGUCGGAGGUGACGUGGACAGACAACUUGAAUCUGUCGGAGGAGAACACGCCGCAGACGGAGAACUCUGAAGACCUGGACAGAGAGGAGGUGUUCUCUGGGGGUCUACAUGACUUUCCUUCUGUGGACAACGGGGCCACCACUAAUGGCGAUGACGACGACGACGACGACUUCGGCUUUCCUCAGCCUAUUGGGAGCCAGCGCGCCGCUCGGCUGCAGCCAGAGGCCCCGCACGGCGCCCUCGACCUGGUCCAGAACGCGGUCCGGGACGCCGUCGCUGUCGCCAUCCAGGAACGGAUGGAGGCGGCCGUGGGGUUCAGACUCCCCAAGGCGGCCGACGAGUCGGACAGCGAGGCCGAUGACUUUGAGCUCCUGGACCAGGCUGAGCUGGACCAGCUGGGGGCGGAACUGGACCUCCUGGGAGGGGCCGGAGUCAAGACCGCUGCAGAAGAACGCAAUGACAAAGCCCCCGGGUUCUUUGCUAAACUUCUGAGACGCCACUGAUGCACGGGACGGUGGGAGAGCCGUGACUUACGAGUUGAAUUCGUUCUGUGACCAAGCUCGUAACUCACUUAACUCGUACAAGGGUACGUUGACUUAUGAGUGCCACAACUUAUAGUUUUUCGUGUUACAAGCCGUUGCUUGGUCGUUUUUUUUUUGUUUUGUUAUUGUUUUGUGUUUCUUGCAAAAAAUUUACUUGGUGAGCUUUGGCAGCUAUGAGUGUUGUGAUAUUGUCUGUCUACGUGUUGCGCCUUCAUUUGUGUUCAAAAAGCUGUUGCUUAAAGAGUUAUAACACUGCAACAAUCGAUGUUAAUCAUAAGCACGUCUUUGGCGGUUUUUUAUUUUAUAUUUUUAUUAUGCGUUAGCAUGAAGCUAGCGGUGGCAUUUCUAAAGCAAAGUUGUUUAAUUGUUUGAAAUACACAACUUGUAAUUAAUUUUUUAAUGUUUAUUUUACAGUGAACUUCAACUGGAAGUGGAAACAAAACAACUUGAAGCCUCGUUUUUGAAGAGUUGUUCACUAUUUGUUAAACUGCUGCUUAUUGUGAAGUCAGUUUUGUUUGCUGCCACCAUACAGCACUCUUAUUGUAAUUUUGCGCUUGCAAGUCAAAGCAAAAAAACGUACUGAUGCACAGCUCGUAUCUUGAAAAACUCAGUAGCCGGGUCACUCAUAUCUCAAGGCACCACUGUACAGAUAUCUGCUGUGCUUUGUGCUCGCAUUUUGCCAAAUGUCUUUUUUCCAACCAUGGAUCCUCAGAAGGUGAGUCCUAAGAAGCUUGCGCGUAGCUCCAAUUUUUGCUUGUAGCACAAAGCAAAAAAGUCAGCCAAGUGUACCUCGUGGAAAAACUCCUAAGUUGGGGCACUCGUAAGUCAAGGAACCACUGUGUUAUUUUUUGGCCAAAUAAAUCACCAUUUUGAAGGAUUUCACAUUCUCAAAAUUUACCAAAUUUGGCAGGUGUGUUCUUCCUGGUGAAAAGUUGUUUGCUUGUGGUUGUGGGUGCGAACCCCCAAAAAUGUAUUCAGUAGCGCCCCCUGGAAUUUAAAAAAAUUGUAUCCCCCUAAACCAGUUUGACUUAGCGAGGUUCAAGAGUAGAUCCACAAAAAAGUCUCAUAAAAGUCAUGCCGGGAAGUCUGUUAUGUUGGUUUGAAGCGGACAUUUGUGUCUUUGCAUCAUGGCGGCGAAGUUUGAUGCCUCUUGGUUGUGCCUCCUGCAAUUUUUUGGAAAAAUCAAACCCCCGAAACUAGUUUGACUUAACAGCAUGAAAUUUGGUAGUCAGGUAUUUCAUCAGGAGACCCACAAUAAAAUGCAUAUCUGCCAUUUUAGGAUUGUAAAACAAAACACUAAGUCAACCACAACAAGUUUUUUUUUUAAAUUCAGCUCCCAAACCCAGUUUGACUUUGUGACGUGAAAUUUGGUGGAUGUGUUUAUCAGGAGUAGACUCUGAAAAAAAGUCUCAAGAAGCAAUGAUGGAGAAGGCACAGGAAGGCUGCCAUUUUGGUUCAAAGCAGCCAUUUUAAGGUCAUGUCAGCCAUUUCCAGGGGUCGCUAAAUUGUUUGAUGCCUCAUGGAAUUUUAAAAAAUUCAGCCCCCGAAGCCGGUAAAUUUGAUAGACGUGUUUAUCAAGAGUAGAAAAAAGACACCAGAAUUCUGCCAUUUUGGUUUGAAGCAGCCAUUUUAGGGUCAUAAAACAAAACAAUGUGAAGUCAACCACAACAAGUUUUUGAAAAUUCAGCCCCUGAAGCCAGUUUGUUUGACUUAGAAACAUUACAUUUAGUGGGCAUGUCUAUCAUGAGUAAACCCACAAAAAAGUAUCAUGAAUCCAUGCCGGAAAAGAUAAAGACAAAUUUUGGUUUGAAGGGGGCAUUUUAUGGUCAUCUUGGUAAUUUCCAGGGGUCGCUAAAUUGUUUGAUGCCUCUUGAAAUUAUGGGAAAAUUCAGCCCACAAAGCCAGUUUGACUUAGGAACAUGAAAUUUGGUAUUCAUCUCUAUCAUUAGUAGACCCACAAAAAAGUCUCAAACAACCAUGCCUAAAAGGACACGUGAAGUCUGCCGUUUCGCUUUGACCAGAUGAUAAUUCAGUCUGAAAGGUUGUUGUGUUCUUUGUUGCUAUGGUUAUAAUUGUUUGAAAGGAUUUAUUGGCCUUUCACUACAAUAUUAAGAAAUGUAACUAAUGUUUAUAGUGGAAUGUAUAUUGAAUGAAUGUGCAAACAAAAGGAAAACCCAGUAAAAAUGAUGGAUGUCAGUUGUAAUGUGACGAUGUGUAGUUGCAAAUUGCUUCAAUCUGAUUUGUUUCUCUUUUUUUUUUUAAGUUUUAUCCCGCUGGGUGGAUUUUUUUUUACUUUGUCCUUUCUAAACAUUUUAUAACAUUUUCAUUUAAGUUACAAUUGUUGUCUCGUGCUUCACUGAAAUGAACAAAUGAUGUAUCAAUGCUUAUCAAGUAUUUACGCACCUUAAUGAAUUAAAAAAACAAUGCACCUUGUCCAUGUUUUAUACUAAAAUCACAAUCUGUGUAAUUAUCUUGUGUGUGUGUGAUAAUCAUGUGGUUUUGUAUGACGGGAUGACAAAUAUUAAGUUCAACAGUGCCGAAAAAUCUGCUGCUUUAUGUCCAGUGACUGUUGACCCAAACUGAUCUAGCUUUACUUGACAAAAUGUUCUCAACAUAGUCAUAUAUGUUAUCAUACAAUUACGAUAAAUGUCCUCAGUUGCCUUCUGCUUGUCAGAUAUUUCUUGUUUGACAUGCAUCAAUGUAUCCAUGUAACUUGAAUCCACAAUGUUAAUAAAAUGUUACAGUGGAACGUGUA